AUGCUCACUACGUUGGCUCUACUUGCUCUGGUAGCCUUGCUGGGCUACGCGUUUCUCACCUGGAACUACGGUUACUGGCGCAAGCGCAAGGUGCCCGGCCCGAAGCCAGCCCUGCUCACUGGCAACUAUCCCAAUCUGUUCACAACGAAGCAGCAUGCCGUAUGCGAUCUGAAUGAGAUCUACAACAAAUACAAGCAGCAAUACGAUGCAGUUGGCAUUUAUAUGUCUCGGAUGCCUCAACUUCUGAUUGUCAAUCCGGAGCUAGCGCAUCGCGUCUUCGUGUCGAGCUUCAAGAACUUCCACGACAACGAGAUGGCCACCAUGGUAGACGAGAAGUCCGACUUCUUAUUCGCCAACAACAUGUUCACGAUGACGGGCGAGGCGUGGAAGGAGCGUCGCGCCGAAAUAACUCCCGGCCUAACCAUAAGUCGGAUCAAGACGGCUUAUCCAGUGACAUUGCAAGUGUGCAAAAAAAUGAACGAAUUCAUACGCAAGCAAAUUCGUAUGGCGCCCAAAGAUGGUGUAGAUGGCAAGGAACUCAGCCUCUGCUUUACCUCGGAAAUGGUCACGGAUUGCGUCCUGGGCCUGAGCGCUCAGAGUUUCACCGAUCGUCCCACGCCUGUGAUGGCCAAGAUCAAGGCCCUGUUCGAUCAGCCGUUGUACAUUUCGCUCAGCUUUGCCGUUAUGGCCCUGAUACCCUCGCUGCGACGUGUCAAGAAGUGGCGCUUCAUACCCAAAGAUGUGGAGCGCUUCUUCGUGGACUUCAUGGGGGCGGCGAUCGAGACGCGCAAUGGCCAAGUGGCAGCGGGCCAGCUCUCGAGUCGAGUGGACUUCCUGGACUACAUUCAGCAGUUGGCCAAGAAGAAGAACCUCAGCACUCGCCAGGUGACCGCCUGCUCGAUGACCUUCCUGCUGGAUGGCUUUGAGACGACGGCCACGAUCUUGGCCCACACGUUGCUGCUGCUGGGCCGCGAUGCCAAGGUGCAGCAGCGCCUAAGAGAUGAGCUGAAGGAACAUCUCAACGAUGAGGGCUUCAUCGAUUUCGAUAAGCUGCUCGAGCUGCCCUACCUGAAUGCCUGCGUGCAUGAAUGCAUUCGACUCUUCCCACCCCUUGCUUUUGCCAACAAGGUGUGCACCGAGUCCAUUGAGCUGCCCAAUAAGAACGGGCCAAACAUAACAGUGGAAAAGGGCACCAUAGUCGUGGUGCCGCACUCCUGCUACAUGCUCGAUGAGGACAUCUUUCCCAAUGCCAAAGAGUUCCAGCCGGAGCGCUUCGUGGACCCCAGUGCCAUCAAGGCAUACCGCGAUCAAGGCGCAUUCAUGGGCUUCGGCGAUGGUCCACGCAUCUGCGUAGGCAUGCGCUUUGCCCUCGCUCAGAUCAAGGCGGCACUCGUCGAGCUCAUCGUCAACUUUGAUGUCAGCGUCAAUCCAAAGACUCGCAAGGACAAUAUGUUCCAGCCAGCGGGGCUAGUGACGACUCUCAACGGAGGCAUUUGGCUGGACUUUGCUGCGCGAUCCUAAAC